AUGAAAACAUUACUCGACGCCAAAGACCCCAAGUACUUCCUCAAGAAUCUUCGCGCGCCUCUCACUGUGAUCACCUACCUCAAUCAUUUCACAAUUCAGGAUCAUAUGGUUGAGGCAUUGAACACGGUCCGGGUAGAGUUCGGUCGAGCAGAAACUUGGUGGGUCAACGCUGGAAAUGCGCUAGUACAAAUAGAACGCAGAUGGGAUCAAUGGAUCCGUGACUCUCUGGAUUACGACGUUCGGCGAGUCCGCACCUUCAUUCAAAAAUGGGGUAACGAGAUCCUCAAAUACUGGGCAGUUCGAACCGGUCCCGAAGCUCUUCAAGUGAAUGAAAUCGUGCGGUCCUUGAUGAGUCAGGCCCAAACUGCAACGAUCAAUCUAAAUGGUCUGACUUGA